UUGUCGAUUCUCGGUUUCCAAUUUUCCAUACCUGUCGUUUCAUCUCGAUUCCUAGUCAUCUCAGUUCUCAGAGGGACAAGAGGUAGUCAGAGAUCACAGAAAAAUUGGGUGGAAUGGUUGGGCUUGGAUUAGCGUUAUGGGUUAUUAGGGUUUGUUCUCUUCUCCCAACCCCCACACGGCCACGCCGCCGCCGCUCAGGUCGCCGCCCGUGGGGACCGGCUGCCGUUCGUGCUCCGCCUCCUUCGAUUGUCUCCUCCGCCCCUUGGCCCCAAAGUCAGGGUGGCCUCGGCCUUGGGGCCCAAUGUGGGGUAUCGGCUCCAUCGCUAGCAUCGGCAUCGCAGAAAGGAAGCGUUGAUGAUUAUGCUGUGGAAGAUGAGGAUGUGACGGGUCAGCAGAAAGGUGAGCAACAAGCUGGAACCAAGGAUUCCGUUACAAUGGAAGAUCACUGUACAAGUGAAAAACAAAAGGCAAUCAUGCACGCCAAUGUUGUGGGAUCAAAGGAGAAAGAGGUGGUGGCAAUAAGGUGCCCUCGGCAAACAGAGUACAAUCAGAGUUGGGGAAUGGGGAUGCAGUGGACAUGGCAACAUCUGAAGGUGUUAUGGCCCGCCAUCCCCGUUAGGGUAAAUGGUGGUCAUGGGCGUAAAGUAACCAAGGAAAAGGUUAAUGUAUGUAUUUGGUACCUACAAAAGGCCCGGAAUACCAAACUACCCGUAUUACAUGUCAAAAGGGAACUGCUCAUACGGAUAUUCAUGCUGCUACAAUCUUCUGCAGAAUUCAAUCUGGCCAUCGGCUUCAGAUGAUUCCAUCGGGUGCAUGCUGUUCAGCAGAUGAUGCAAAUGGACCUCUAUGCAAGCAGGACCAUAUGGACUACCAUGAGAGGAUUGGCAGACCGGAAAGUUUUUUUAUAUGAGAAUUCGGUGAUUGUAAAUUUUCAGAAGCAUGCAAUUAUAACGAUGGAAAAGACAGAUUCCAUACUAGAUGCCAUUCUAGAGACCCAUCACUGUAUAAAAGACUGAGAAAUAUCUGGAGAGGCCUGGUGAAACAAAAUGCCCUUCUAUAUGAAAAGUACAUACAAAAUCGUGGAAGAAUAAAAGUUUUAUCACCCAACGGAUUUAACUCCGAGCAUGCACAGCUCAACAGAUUCAGAAAAGUCGGUUGAAACUGACAGCUGACCAGCAUUCAGAAUCACACUGAAAGACCAGAAGUGCCAGCAACAGCAGUAUCCUGUGAGACCUGGUCAACCAGACUGCCGGGACUACAUGCAAUUUGGGAAUUUUUAUCAUCUAUCAUCAUGUAUAUUUCAUCACCCAAAAGACAACAGUUCUGACCUGUUGUCAUCCCUUAGAUUCAUCUCACUGUGAGACCUCUCCAAGAGGUGCUGAUUAGACUGAAAUACAUGGGCACAUGGCCUUCCAGAAUACUCAUUCUAUAUAGAAGGUGGGAGAUGCCAGUUUGGUUCAGUAUGUGAAUUUCUUCAUCUCAAAGGUACUUGGUCAACUACAGAGGUAUGCAUUCUUUUACCGUUGUCCAAGUAACACUGUAGGUGCAGUCAUCAUUUCUAUGGCUAGUUUUGUUUUGCUAGCUGCACUUCUCGAACUGUUAUUGCAUAAUUUAAAAGGAUGAAGCAAUGAUGAAUGAUUGAACAUAAACAAAUAUUUCAAAAUUACUUGUGGUGAAAUUUUGGAGCUGGCAUUAAUGUAUAAUGGUGCCAAUCAGGUAAGUUCUGUGAGCGCCUUUGUCCACCCCAUUUACAUGAUGUUAAUGAUAAGCUUGCUCUCCCAUUGUUUCCUCUACAUUUUACUUCUUUUUUUCUGGGAUCAGUUUGGUUGCGCCAAAAAUAAAUCAACCAAUUACAUCCUAAAAAUACAAAUCAGUUACUGCAGUCCUUUCAGCCUGUGAAAAAAACAGAGACAUGAUAAUCUGUGCCAGGCUGCCCUUGCCCCUUUUUGAUUCAUGUAGUCAACAAUUAUCUAUCUUUUACUGCCCAUUUGCUCACACUAUGUUAUGAGAUUUUCUUUAUGUGGAUUAAAUAUAAUGGUGCCAAUCAGGUAAGUUCUGUGAGCGCCUUUGUCCACCCCAUUUACAUGCUGUUAAUGAUAAGCUUGCUCUCCCAUUGUUUCCUCUGCAUUUUACUUCUUUUUUUCUGGGAUCAGUUUGUUUGCGCCAAAAAUAAAUCAACCAAUUACAUCCUAAAAAUACAAAUCAGUUCCUGCAGUCCUUUCAGCCUGUGAAAAAUCAGAGACAUGAUAAUCUGUGCCAGGCUGCCCUUUUCCCUUUUUUGAUUCAUGUAGUCAACAAUUAUCUAUCUUUUACUGCCCAUUUGCUCACACUAUGUUAUGAGAUUUGCUUUAUGUGGAUUAAAUAUGUGUUAUCUGUUUCAGCUAACGUUAUGUUAUUAGUCAUUUCUUUUAUGUGGAUUAGUAUUUAUCAUCUGUUUUUAUGUGGGUUAGUAUUUAUCAUCUGUUAUAGUUGUGGGAGGAUUUUAUAUUGUGGUGGAGUUAUAUGUUGUGCACAAUUAAGAUGGCUCAUAAGUCGGUUGUGGCUCGUCUUACGCGCUGAAGGCACUUCAGAACUGCUGUGCUGCAUUGUAGCUGCCGUUACCUGCCGAUCCAACAAUGCCACAAUCCCAGCUUGCUCCAAGUAGACAGCGCGCUCAUCGUCCUCCCAGAUUCCCUUCCCUGGUGCCAGAACAGAGCCCGUCGCAUUUUCUCGCUCCAAAAUACGGAGUCCAUCACUUGCUAGCAGGGGGAUCAUGUCUACUUGUUCUAGGGCGCCAUAAUGGGGGCAAAAAGUGUCCAGGUCCAGCCGGCGACAGUCAUCGUUCCUUAUUCUAGGGCGCUAAAAAACAGGCAAAAAAAACGUCCAGCGCUUUGGCCGCCGGCAAUCAACCUGGAAGAUGGCACUUCCCUGAGGCUGCCAAUGAUCAUCCCAGAGGAACCCGGUCACACUCUGAACCAACUAACUUCGCAUAAGAAUUAAACUUAGACGUACAGAGAAUUGAGGGUGUGCAUCUGGACUGCUCAUUAAGUUUACUAAGCCCUCUUCCAAUACUGUUACUACUCCAUGUCUCACAAAGCUAAACACUGAAUCCACAUUGUUUUACAGAAUUUCAGAGAGGAAGUAAAAGAGCAAGAGUUGCUGUUAUAAAAUAUGUAGUGCUCCCAAAAUUAUCAUCAAUCAUGGAACCAUGGAUGAAUGGGACUUCUGAAAAUUCAAAUGCUCUAAAAGUCUUCUCUCCAUCAUUUUUUUUUUCUUUUGCGUUUCAUUUCAUUGAAAAGACGGAGAUUUUGUUACAGGCUUCCUAGGAAUCGGGUGUUACAUCAGUUUUAACUUAAUGCACGUCCUAGGUCGAGAUGGCAGGACUGCCCUAAGGCCCGUGGCACCGGCUCUAGCCCAAAGCAUUGCUUCAUCAUUAAUCCGGGAGACCAAGCCAUCGAUUGAUGGCUGGGAACUUUUGAAGAUGCAAUCACUUCUUUGCUUCCACACCAUCCAGGGCGUGAGAAGUAUCUUAGAGGCCAGGCCUUGCAUAAAGGUUUAGGAGUGUCCUGGUAUGCCUUGCUCCACCAUUCCAUCAGGGAUCCUUCUUGGUCUGGGGGUGUGCAGGUGAACCUGAGCCAAGAUAGAACCUCAUGACAGACUUGUCUGGAGAAGGGGCAUGCGAGGAUAAAGUGCUGCAUUGUCUCAGGUGCCUGGCCGCAUAGGAGGCAAACUCAGUGGUGCUUAGAAGGCUGCAUUGUAGAGAACAUUUUCUUAGAAUAUCAAUGCAUUAUUGAGUGUUGAUUAUACUAGUUCGAUACACUUGCACAUGAAGCAUGCCAUUAACAGAUCAGUAAACCUGAGCCAAGAUAGAACCUGAGCCAAGAUAGAACCUCAUGCAUUAUUGGGGGUGUGCAGGUGAACCUGAGCCAAGAUAGAACCUCAUGACAGACUUGUCUGGAGAAGGGGCAUGCGAGGAUAAAGUGCUGCAUUGUCUCAGGUGCCUGGCCGCAUAGGAGGCAAACUCAGUGGUGCUUAGAAGGCUGCAUUGUAGAGAACAUUUUCUUAGAAUAUCAAUGCAUUAUUGAGUGUUGAUUAUACUAGUUCGAUACACUUGCACAUGAAGCAUGCCAUUAACAGAUCAAUAAAUCUUCUCAUGAACCCAUGACCUUGAGAAUUCACAUGAACCAGCCAUGGCAUGAUUUUGCACGUCGAUAUGGUUUUCCAUUUUACAUUAGAUGGACGAUGGUGCCUCAGGCAGUUUCACACCAAACUGAGAUUGUGCGAAAGAAAAUAAGAAAGAGAAGAUAAUUCAGAGGAAGAAGAUGCAAACUAGAUGACGUCCAAACAAUAGAUUAAUUGUACCUUCAUCCACAGAUUAUGGCCUGAUUAUCCAGAGUAAGGAGAUGCCGCCGGCCGGCCAGUGGCCAGGGCGUCGCGCCGAUCAGCGAUGGCCAGGCAGACGCGCUGUCUUCGGAUCAGUGGUAGCCGUGGUAGCGCGCCGUCUUCCUGGACGAUUGCCUUCCCUCGGCCCUGCGCUGCUAGCCGGCCAUGGACUCUGGUUUUUGGCGCGAGAAACUGCGACGGGUCUGGGAUGCUGCUGCGCGCGCUGUCUGCUUGGAACGAGCUGGGAGCGUGGCAUCAUUGGAUCGGCAGAUACGAUGCAGCACGGCAGUUCUGACGUGCCUUCAACACAUUAGACGAGCCGCGUCCUCAUACGGGCAUGAUCUUAGAGCAUCUCCAGUCGUGUCCCCCAAACCGAUUUGGGGCGCGCCGGACAAAAAAACGCUUCCAGCGGCGUCCCCAAAGCUGAUUUUUGUCCGGCGCGCCCUGAUACGGUGUCCGGCGCCCCGAGCCCGUCCCCGUCCCACAGGGGACGCACCGGGCACGCUGGACACAACGAAAAGCGAGGCGAAGCGAGGCGGGCCCGACGCGUCAGCGGCACGGAAGCCUAAAACCCCGUCACCUACCUUUGGUCAAGCGACGUUAAUGACAUCCAUGGGUUCCCAGACAACGCAGGGACGCGUCUCGUCGUGCAUGGCCGCGUGGCCGUCCGCGCCGGCGUUAUUGCGUGCAACCACCCGCUGCCGCCGUUGUACAUUUAAAGACACCCUGCGGUUCGUCCCAAUCUCUCACCGCUCCCAAACCUUCUCGUCGCCGCCGCCUCCCCUCCGGAUCUUCUCCUCGCCGCUCCAAACAAUGUCGACCUCGUCCUCCCGCAAGAUUGCCGCGAUGAACGCCUUCGGCCGUGGCAGCCUAACCGUGCUGGAGGCGUGGGCACUGUACCACGCGGGAUAUCCUGUCCCGCCGGACAUGCGCCUGCCAAGCAGCGGCGGCGGCUGGAAGAUGGCCGUGAACGGCAUUGGCGUGCUGCCGCCACCGAAGUCGGGCACGGAGCAAUGGAGGGACGGCAUCAAGGCCCAGCGGGUUCAAUUCACCUCCGAGGAGCGGGCGGAUCCGACAUGGGUGGCCAAGGACAACAACGACUGGUGGGUCACGUAUUUCAAGGCCAAGUACGACGUCGAGAUGCACAUCACCACCGGCCUCAUCGGCGGGCCCAGCAGCUGGAACAGGGACGGCCGCACCCUGUUCUGGGGCAUUCCGAGGCGCACCCUCGAUAGCGUCAUCCGCGACAUCCGCAACGGCGCUCCAAGGUUGGAGACGCCGCCGUCACCUGUCACCGUCACCGUCUCCUCGAGGAGGACCACCGCAAUGGCAGCCGAGCAAGACCACGUACUCGUCCUCCUCGAACUCUUCUCCCUCUGGACCGGCCCGAUCGACGCCGUCCUUGUCGUACCGCUCAGCGCCCUACACCGUCCCCAAACGCGGGGUGAAGGAGGAGCCGGCGACGCCCGUCAACACGAGGCGUGCCGGCAGCGGCAGCCGACAGCAGCAAGAGAGGCGUGGCACAGCCCUCCUCAUCCCGAAGCCAGAGGUGAAGGAGGAGUCGGAGGAAGCGGCGCAGGCGGCGCUGCUGGCAGAGUACGAGCGGCAGCAGCGGGUCAUCGCCAGCAGUGA